ACUAUGACUAUAACGCAGUUUAAAAAGCACGUUUAAACCUUGAUUGUGCGCUGUUUGGGUGACUUUAUGCGCCGCAGAAUGACCCGCAGACUGACCACAUCGGAGCUGGACCAACAGUUUGAGCUUUUUCUCAAAGAGUCCGUCUCUGAUGAUUCUGUGGAUUUGGGGAGUUUGGAGAAGUCGACGGGAGCCAAAGACAAAAGUCAAAAAUCAGCCCCGAAGCUCUCAGUGUCCUGGAAGGAGGAGGAACAUGGCAAAAAGAGUGCCUCCUGGAGGGAGGAGGACCAUGGCACAGGUGAGAGCUCCUUCUGGAGGGAGGAGGAUCAUGGCACAGGGCUUGUGGGAUCAGGAAAAAGUUUUCUCAAAUCUCUUCGUAAAUCACAAACAAUUCGAGAAGAAGAAUCCAGAAUCCAAGUGAGAAAUGACGAGAACGUGGAGAUGUACGGCGUCACCCCACCCUUCUCCUCCAUCUUGGGGCUGGACACUCUGGAGGAGGAGCAGGAGAAGAACCAGUUUUUCACUGAACUCGAGGCACAAGCAUCAUCCACCAUCGACUACGCCAAACUCAACAGAGACCUGGACUCCACCUCCUCCACCUCCAGACAAACUGGGGAGGAGCCACAUGGAUCUGACAAAAACGACAAGGACAGUCCCAGAGAGUCUACAGGUUCCCCACACUACAGUGAGGACUUUGAAGAGGAAGGAGAGGAGAACGAACCAGAACAAGACCAGAAGACAAAGAUGGCUCCCAUUCUUUCUAAAGUUUGUCUGUACGAUUCACUGGACGACACCAGAGAAGAGAGGAACAGAACCUCGUCUUCUUCAUUGGACAAAGCUCUGUCCCUUGCUCAGAGCGGAGCAUCGGACUUGGAGGCGUUGCACAAAGCACUUCAGAUCCAUGUGGUGCAAGACUCAGAAGAACUCAACCCAAAUGUCACCUCCUCACCAAAACAAAACAAGCCCCCGAAUCCACCUCCCUCUGCUCCCUCUGCUCCCUCUGCUCCCUCUGCUCCCUCUGCUCCCUCUGCUCCCUCUGCUCCCUCUGCUCCCUCUGCUCCCUCUCCUCCCUCCCCUCCCUCUCCUCCAUCUCCUUCCUCUACUCCCUCUGCUCCACACCAGAGACCGCCUUCUACCAUCGAGUCUGAUUUGCCGACUGCAGAGGAGCUGAUGAAGCCGAUUCGACCUGAAGAGAAUCACUUGAGAGGCUUCAGUCUUCAGCCCAUCAGUUCGACCCAGACUCCGCCGUCAGAACUCAAAGACUCAGACACAUUUGAGUUGUCCCAGAGGAGGCCAGUGAUCCGAGAGUCAACAGGGAGCAUCCGCGAGGAGGUGGAGAGACUCAUUCAGGACCAGGACUCAACCACUGCACCUGCCCAGACCGACAGGGCCAAGACACGGCAGUCAUUCCGUACGUCCGGUACUGUUCUGUCCUCUCUGAAGAGGCCCACAGCGCCUCAGCCCCGAGGUCAAUCUCUGGACUCAAAGACCACAGUGACCUCACAGCGCUCCUCUGUCCCAGGACCAGCUACGACCAAGAACCAGAGCCAGACCAAGUGCAGGUCCAAGUCCAAACCCUUAGUGUCUCAGCCGCACAGCAGACUCUCCAAGGCCCCAGACAGAACGAGGACCCAACCAGAGGUGGAGGAGGGUGGAGGAGAGCGAAGGAGGGCAGAGGAGGGUGGAGACCUGGUGGCGUCGGUCCAGUCAUUGGUGUCUGUUCUUCAGCAGCAAAUCAACAUUAAACACAGAGAACCAACCACAGAACUCUCUCCCAUCAGACAGACAGAGGAGGUGAUGUUGGAGGGUCUGAAGGUCGAGCUGCUUGAGAAGGAAAAACUCAUCCAAAAACUCAAACAGGAUUUAGAGGAAGUCAACGCUCUGAAACAACAGAACUACGUCCUGCAGAGUAAAUUGCACAGUGCGGAAUGUCUUCAGAAGAACGGGCUGACGUCAGAGUCCAGAGGAAAAGACAAACUUCAACAGAUGGACAAAGAGAUGAGGGAGCAGGAAACACUCAUACAGGGAUAUCAGCAGGAGAACGAGCGCUUGUACCAGCAGAUGAAGUUUCAACAGGCGAGGAACAAAGCCACCGAGGACGCCAUGUUUAAAGAGAACCAGAAACUUCUCAGCGAGUUGGCUUCAACCAGAGAGCAGCUGGACAAAGCACUCAGACCUGUGUCUGACCUGUGCUCUGUGAGCCACGCCCAGAGGAUCACACACCUGCUGGACCAAGUCAGCGCUCUACAGAGGAGUAAGGAGAUGCAGAGGGAGGAGCUCCAAAGGCUGAGGCGGGAAAAACAGAGUCUGGAGGUCGAUUUACAGCUGCUGAGAGACCGGACUAGAGACCAAGAUCAAGACCGGACUAAAGACCGGGAUCAAGACCAGAUUGUUGAAGACCAGGCCUCAUCUGAGACUGAGAGUGUGCUGCGUGUGGUGAAGCAGAGGCACCAGGAGGAGGUGACGGCACUGAAGCAGAAGCACCAAGAUGAGGUGACAGAGCUGCAGGAGGAGGUGAUGGAGCUGAGGCAGAGGCUACAAUGGUUCACUGAGAACCAGGAACUUUUGGGUCAAGACUCGGCCCGGCUCAGAGCGGCCACAGCGGAAAUACGACAACUCAAAGAACAGGUGGAGAAGUUGAAGGUGGAGGUGACCAAACGGAGCAGUGACCUGCAGCGAAAAACCAGAGAGAGAUCUGCAGAUGCCAAAAGGAGCCAGGCUCUGGAGCGACAGGUGAAGGAGCUGGAGCAGAUCUUACGCAGCAGAAACCCAAACUCUCUUCCCGCUCUGAUUUUUGCCGCGGCCAGUGCACAAGACUCUGCCCACCUCCUGUCUGACCCUGCUGACCCCUCCUCUUGCCCCUCCCGUGUCACUGAGCUGCUGGAGAGAAAAGUUCAGAGACUGGAGGCGGAGCUGGAGGCUUACGAUGAGGACGCCAAACGCAGCCUGAGAGCCAUGGAACAGCAGUUUCAGGCCACCAGGACGUGUUACGAGCAGCGAAUCUCUGAGCUGGAGCAGAAACGUGAGGAGAAGCAGGGUUCAGAUCCUGGUCUGGUCCAGAGUCUCCGAGAGGAGUUGAGGAGAGAGAGAGACGCCCACAGACAGAACGAGAUAAUGCUGCAAAACCAACUCAGCCAAGUACAGCAGCAGAUGCAACUCAAGUCUCACUCUAGUCCGAGUCGGCACCAGCGCCAGGCCGAUGCAGCAUUCCGACUCCGGAUGGAGCGUUUGAACCAGGAGCUGAGCACAAAGUCCAGGACCAUCCAGGACCUGACCAGGACCGUGGAGCGUCUGCAGAGGGAGAGGAGGAGCAUGCUGUCUGUGCCUGUCCCAAGAGCAGAGGGGAGAGCGGCAGAGGAGAAGAGGCCUGCUGCACAAAACAAACCUGCCCCAGAGUCGGAUGUGACCGCAGAAAUGUUUCCUGCUCUGAAUGUGUGUGAGAAGACCUACCAGCCCACAACAUUCACAGACAGUCACGUCUCGGAACUGCAUCAGGAGAAUGCCACUCUCAGGCAGAAGCUGCAGCAGGUUCAGGAGGCCUCAGAGCGAGAGCAAGUGGACCUGAGGACGACUCUGACCCAAACACAGGCUCAGAUCAGCAGGUUGGAGGAGGAGCACACUCUGCAGAUGUCUUCACUCCAGGCACAGAGUCUGAAGGACCAGGCCCAGCUCAACACACAACAGACUUUGUUGCAGCAGCUCCAAGAGCAGCUCUCAGAGGCUCAGAGCUGGAGACGGGCUCUGACUGUGAGCCAGGCCAGAGAGGACGCUCUGCAGACACAGCUGUCACGGUGUCUGGAUGACCUGAAGGAGGCGCGGGAUGGUCACAGUCCUGAGGUCAAGCUGCUCUGGACUUUAGAGAAAAAAGUGCAGGACAUGGAACGAAGACAACAGCACCGAGACAGAGAGGUGCACCAGAUGAUUGGUGCAGCUCUCCCAGGGGGCGUGGACCUGCAGAUGGAGGUGGAGCGAUGGAAACGUUUGGCUCAGAACAAAACUCGGGAGCUGGACUCCUUCAGACUGGAGCUGGACUCAAUCCUGGACAUAAUCCGACACUUACAGAGACAAGGCGUCGUUCUGCCCGCUCCUCCAGUACUCCCUGCUCCUCUGGCUCCUCCACUACUCCCCGCUCCUCCAACCAGAUGA